AUGAGGUUUGGGGAGCUGUUGCUGCUGACAAACCGGGAACUCACGCCAAUUAUGCUGUACUUUUACAAAAUGAGAUUUCAAAAGAAACCUGCAAAUAUUUCACAUGUUGAAGCUGCCUCCUUGCCAUAUGUGAUCGCUACCACGUGGGCGGCACUGUGCACGAUUGGUGAACUCACUGAGAGCAAGGCCCCUUCAAAAAGAAUCCUAAUUCUUGGUGGGUCUGGUGGCAUUGGGACAUUUGCUAUUCAACUGGCUAAAGCCUGGGGCAUGCACGUGACAGCCACAUGUGGCACAGAUGCUGUUGACCUGGUCAAAGGUCUAGGGGCAGACGUCAUUGAUUACAAGACAAAGAAUGUCUGGAAGGAGUUAAGUAGGGUACAGAAAUUCGACUACAUUCUGGACAAUUUGGGAGGUGAAAACACAGACAAUGCCUUGCCAUUUCUGAAAUCAUGGCAGAAGUCUCAGCUGAUAACACUGUUACACCCAUUGCUUGGCAACUCGGACAGGCUGGGGGUGGUGCCCGGACUUCUUCGAAGUGCUGUGUCCGCCGGUGUAGAUACCUUGAAGGGUUUGCAGUCAGGCAGGAGUGUGAGAUGGGCUGUGUUCAUACCCAACGGUGCAGCAAUGGAUAAAGUCAGGCAAAUGGUGGAAAAUGGACAGGUGAGGCCCGUCCUUCAUCAGGUGUUCCCGUUUAGUGAAGUCCCUGCCGCCUUCAAGCAAGUAUCUGAAGGACAUCUCCGAGGGAAAGUUGUUAUAGAUAUGGAGUCAACAUAG